GCUAUAGACUAUAGUGGAGAACUAGUAAUAAAUCUGACAUCAGUGAUUCUCUCAUUAAAAGCCCAGUAAAAAAAUGGUAAAGUGGCACUCAUCAAACUAUAUGGGUUUCUGGGUCAUCCUCUACUGACAGCAGCUCAAUGCUCUGAAACUUCAUUUUCUGGGAUUUUUUUCUUCUUCUAAGAUGUUUGUGCAGAUAGUUGUAUCAUUUGCUAUUGUUCUUCUGGGUUAUAUUUACAAGUUGAUAAAGUCUCCCCCUCCAAAAAUAUGUGGUUCACCUGGUGGUCCUCCAGUGACUUCACCAAGGAUCAAACUUUCAGAUGGCAGGCAUUUGUCAUAUAGAGAGGCAGGAGUUAACAAGGAUGAGGCUAAAUACAAGAUCGUAAUCGUCCACGGAUUUGCUAGCUCAAAGGAUCAAAAUAUCCCAGUCUCUCAAGAACUCGUUGAGGAGCUGAAACUAUACUUCCUGUUUUUCGAUAGAGCUGGAUAUGGGGAGAGUGACCCUUAUCCAGAACGCUCUGUGGAAAGUGAGGCAUAUGAUAUUCAAGAACUUGUUGAUGCUUUGCAUCUUGGAUCAAAAUUUUAUGUCAUUGGAAUUUCCAUGGGAGCUUAUCCAGCAUACAGUUGUAUAAAUUACAUCCCACAAAGAUUGGCAGGGAUCUCUUUGGUUGUUCCAUUUGUCAACUACUGGUGGCCUGGUUUCCCUGAUCAUGUGUCCGGAAAGACUUUUAGGAGACUUCCUCUACAAGACCAAUGGACCUUUCGAGUGGCACGUUAUGCUUCUUGGUUGUUCUACUGGUGGAUGACUCAAAAAUGGUUCCCUUCAUUGAGUCUCUUGUCAGGUGAUCCAUCUGUUUUCAGUCGACAAGAUAUCGAGAUCAUGAAGAAUAUGCCAGAAGUUUCACAGGAUAAAAGCCGCCAACAAGGUGAUUUCGAAUCCCUUCAUCGAGAUAUAAUGGUUGGUUUCGGAGAUUGGGAAUUCAGCAUCUUGCAUCUUAAAAACCCUUUCCCUGAAAAUGAAGGUUCAGUACACUUAUGGCAAGGCUAUGAAGACAAAAUAAUUCCUUUCGAAAUUAAUCGAUUCAUCUCAGAGAAGCUUCAAUGGAUUAAGUACCAUGAAGUUCCUGAUGGUGGACAUAUGUUUAUGUUCAACCCUACCAUGUGUGAAUCUAUCUUGAAAGAACUGCUGCUUGGAUAGUUUCCAUCCUGCAAGCCUCUAUACCUAUAGCUACUCCCAUUAGUCUGAACUCUGAACCUCCCUUGUAAUACUGGAUUAUAUUAUUUGUGGUUACAUUACAUAUAGAAUAAUGUAUGAACUUGUUAUAUUUGUAAUUUGUAUCUCUUCUUCUUUUCAA